UGUAAAAUUUUCGACAUCUCGUGUAUCUGUGUCAUUCAGAUUUUGAAAGCAUAUCGUUUUCUUAAAUAAUAGCGAAAAAUAAAAUAAGCAAACGAAAAUGGCCGGAAUUGUAGCAGCUGCCGGAUUACUGACUACCAGAUCAGUGCUGGCUGUUAGUCAACAAACGAUUAUUUCCGGCAAAGCCUUCCUACACACUACGGCAACAAGAUAUCGCCGAAAACCCCGCUGGUUAGGUACUGCGAAAAGUAAACUGUUUCGUGUACCAGAACGACCCAAGCAGGCUCCGGAAGAACGUGCCGAAUUACAACGGUUAUACAACAAUUACCACACACAAAUAAAAGCAGUACGGCGCUUCUUGAUAGACGAAGUAGAAGCCUUAAAACUAGUAUCUCGCGCCGGAUUGAUUCUUCAAACUCCAGAAGAAGAGGAAGCUGAAUGGGAGCAAGCGCAAAAAAUUAAUGAAGAGUGGAAUCGAAAGAUUGCACAACAACGAGAUCAACGUCUUGCUAUCGAGCGCGAAGAGAAGACAAAGUAUGUUUUAGAGCGUCUAAUGGCCAAAGAGCAGCGUGAAAAAGAACAAAUGGAACAAGUCGAAGAGCAAGUUCGACAGGCAAAAGAGGCAGUGAAAAGUUUUAUUACUAGAGAAAACAUAGACCAAGCCAUCGAGAAUGCACUGGUGCAACCAAAAAGUUACAACUUUGCACUGGAUUUGGAAGGAAAUAUUCAUCGAGGUAACGAGGGCUCAGAACAACACACCAGUAGUUCCUGAAUUAGAAAAUUUCGCUGUAUGUAGUAACACGUAACACAUUAAAAUUUGUUUUCC